CCGGAUGAUGACAGAAGUUUUCUGUCUAAUGUGGCUACUUUAGUCAUGCAAUAAACCAGUUAUUAAUCUCGUCUGUGCACUGACCGUUGCAGGAAAAUCUCGUCUCGUGACUGCCUUGUUUUUAAUGAAAUAAACUCUCAACAGACUGCAGUGCCAUCUGGCAACUUUUGCUUUGCUGGGAGAGCGACCCUUUGCCUCUUAUUUGACCGGGAGGGGAGCAGGAUAGAGCCCGGUGGGCUAACCAAAGUGCCGCAAUGGGAAACCGGGGGAUGGAAGACCUCAUUCCCCUCAUCAACAAGCUCCAGGACGCCUUCAGCUCCAUCGGACAAAGCUGCAACUUGGACCUGCCACAGAUAGCGGUCGUCGGCGGCCAGAGCGCAGGGAAGAGCUCGGUGUUGGAGAAUUUCGUCGGGAGGGACUUUCUGCCCAGAGGAUCUGGCAUCGUCACCCGUCGUCCUCUCAUCCUGCAACUGGUCAACAGCAUUACAGAGCAUGCAGAGUUCCUGCACUGUAAGGGCCGCAAGUUUGUGGACUUUGAUGAGGUUCGUCUGGAGAUUGAAGCAGAGACCGAAAGACUCACCGGAUCCAACAAGGGCAUCUCCCCCAUCCCCAUCAACCUCCGUGUCUACUCCCCAAAUGUGCUGAACCUGACCCUGAUUGACCUGCCGGGGAUGACCAAAGUGGCUGUGGGAGACCAGCCUGUGGACAUCGAGCACCAGAUCAGAGACAUGCUGAUGCAGUUCAUCACCAAGGAGAGCUGUCUGAUCCUGGCCGUCACCCCGGCUAACACUGAUUUGGCCAACUCUGACGCCCUCAAGAUUGCGAAGGAAGUGGACCCUCAGGGUCUGCGGACCAUUGGUGUGAUCACCAAGCUCGACCUGAUGGAUGAGGGGACGGACGCACGAGACAUCCUGGAAAACAAACUGUUGCCUCUUCGCAGGGGUUACAUCGGAGUGGUCAAUCGCAGUCAAAAGGACAUUGAUGGGAAGAAAGACAUUCGAGCUGCUUUGGCUGCUGAGAGGAAGUUCUUCCUGUCCCAUCCUGCAUACAGACACAUUGCAGAACGCAUGGGCACACCACACCUGCAGAAGACGCUUAAUCAGCAACUUACAAACCACAUCCGUGACACCUUACCAGGGUUACGCAGUAAGCUGCAAAGCCAACUGCUAUCACUGGAAAAGGAGGUGGAUGAGUACAAGAACUUCCGCCCUGAUGACCCCACACGCAAGACCAAGGCCUUGCUUCAGAUGGUGCAGCAGUUUGGCGUGGACUUUGAGAAGUGCAUCGAGGGAUCUGGGGAUCAGGUGGACACCUCCAACCUGUCUGGUGGAGCGAAGAUCAACCGCAUCUUUCAUGAGCGCUUCCCCUUCGAGCUGGUGAAGAUGGAGUUUGAUGAGAAGGAGCUGAGGAAAGAGAUCAGUUACGCCAUCAAGAACAUUCAUGGAGUCAGGACAGGCCUGUUCACCCCAGACUUGGCGUUUGAGGCCAUAGUGAAAAAGCAGAUCAUUAAGCUGAAAGAGCCCUGUCUGAAAUGCAUCGACCUGGUCAUCCAGGAGCUCAUCAACACAGUCAGACAGUGCACCAAUAAGCUGGGAUCGUACCCUCGACUGAGAGAAGAAACAGAGAGAAUCGUCACCACCUACGUCAGAGAGAGGGACAGCAAGACUAAAGGCCAGGUGCUGCUGUUAAUUGACAUUGAGCUCUCCUACAUCAACACUAACCAUGAGGACUUCAUUGGAUUUGCCAAUGCCCAGCAGAGGACGGCAGCUAACGCUACCAAGAAGAGAGUCAUGCCGAAUCAGGUGAUCCGCAGAGGUUGGCUCACCAUCAACAUCAGUAUCAUGAAGGGAGGGUCGAAGGACUACUGGUUUGUCCUCACUGCUGAGUCUCUUUCCUGGUACAAAGAUGAAGAGGAAAAAGAGAAGAAGUACAUGCUGCCUCUUGACAACCUGAAGCUGAGAGACGUGGAGAAGGGCUUUAUGUCCAGCAAACACGUCUUUGCCAUCUUCAACACUGAACAGAGGAACGUGUAUAAAGACCUGCGUCAGAUCGAGCUGGCGUGUGACACCCAGGAGGAUGUGGACAGCUGGAAAGCCUCUUUCCUCAGAGCUGGUGUUUACCCAGAGAAAGACCAGCCUGAGAACGAAGAUGCGAUGAAUCCUAGCGACACCGUGUCCAUGGACCCUCAGCUGGAGCGGCAGGUGGAGACCAUCCGCAACCUCGUGGACUCCUACAUCGGCAUCGUCAACAAGUCCAUCAGAGACCUCAUGCCCAAGACCAUCAUGCACCUCAUGAUCAACAGUGCGAAGGACUUCAUCCACUCAGAGCUGCUGGCCUACCUGUACUCAGCCGGGGACCAGGGCAGCCUGAUGGAGGAGUCUGCCGAGCAGGCCCAGAGGAGAGAUGAGAUGCUGAGGAUGUACCACGCUCUGAAAGAGGCCCUGGUCAUCAUUGGAGACAUCAGCACCACCACUAUUUCUGUUCCAGUGCCUCCACCAGUAGACGACACCUGGAUCGCCAAGGAACAAAAUCUCACCCAAGCGUCCCGCCCUGCCUCCGCAACAGCACCCCCUCCCAGCCGACCCCCAGCAGUGAGGGGCCCCACCCCGGGUCCUCCUCCCCCUCUUAACCCCUCACCAGCAUUUGGAGCGCCACCUGUGCCUUCUCGCCCCGGCCCCCCACAGGCCCAAACGGCUUAUGCAGGCGAUCCCAACUCUGUGCCUCUCGUCCCUUCCAGGCCAGCUCGUGUGCCUCCUGCGCUGCCACCGGGCAUCCCUAGCAGAAGACCCCCGGCUGCUCCCAACCGAUCCGCUGUCAUGCGUCCUUCAGAGCCCUCCCUGCUUGACUAGAAAACAGACGCAUUCCUUUUUUGUUUACACUUUUAUAUUUCUCAUUACAUGUUUUUCAUGUAAAUUCCUUUUAACUACAAACUCUCCUCCUGUGUUUGAUUAUCUGAUGCUGUUUCAGUCUGUGCAUUUCAGAAGCAUUAUGUAUGUAAUUUUGACUGUAUGCGUAGGUAGCCUUUUUAACAAAGUAUAUGAUGACAUUUUCUGCAUUAAGUAUUAUAAAAAGGGAUCAAUCUGAUGAUUUUAUUGACUUAAAGGUUCUGAACCAUCAAGUCAUCUUGAAUUCUGCUUAUUUCAUUUGAAAUGAAACGUGUCUUAAAACAGUGUAUGAUUCAUGACUUUUUAUAAUGGUAAGAAAACACUUUUAGAAGUCAUUUUUUCGUGUGUUGAAUACUUGCUACUGUUCUGUCGUAACCUUACACACUAAGCACCUCAAUAAGUCAGCAGCACUUUUUGAUAAAAAUCAAGUUUUCUUCAUUGUUGGUAGAUCUGAGCGUGUUAAAAUUAGACUGACCAGUGAGAUUUGUAUGCUUCAACAUUCUGGCUAAUUACUUUAAUGACCAGUUUUUCUCAAGUAUCGUAUAGUUAGAUUUUAGUAUUUCUUUUACAUGGACCAAUUACAGAUAUGAGACAGAGGAGGAAAAUGUGAUGUGGAAAGCACUGCAGAUGUGAGUGUGCUGUGUCUUUUGGUGUCUUAGUGAUAAUGAAUAGUUGAGGUAAGAGUGACCUCUGACAGUUAUCUCCCACCACAGAGCAUCCUCUGAGAAAUUUGUAUCCAAGUGCCUUGAGCAAAAGUUAUUUAGUAAUCAUUUCAUAAAUCAUCACCUUACAAAGCCAUAGUGGGAAAAAAAGGAUCAUGUAUGGAAAAGGGUCUUUCAGAAGUGAUGGACUCAAUAAAGGAAUAGAAAAAGG